AUGGGGGCCCAGCUGUCGGCUGCCGUGCCCGCGAUCUCGCUGUCGUUAGAGCGAUGCAUCUCAGGUACCGAGGAUUUGGAGUUUCUAGCAAGUCUCGGUAGCACGCGGUUCAUGAAGGUCGCCAAAGGAAUGCACAGCGAGGGUUACUGCGUGAUCAAAGUUUUCAUCAUAAACGACCCUAGCUUGCCUCUUAAGCCUUAUCAGUCGCGAAUUAAUGACAUAUACGCCAUCUUAAGGGAGGCACCGAACUGCCUGCCAUUUUCUCGGACAUUCAUAACGCCAAAAGCAGCGAUUCUUGUACGUCAAUACUUGAAGGACAAUUUGUACGACCGAUUGAGUACGCGUCCGUUUCUAACUGAGACAGAAAAGCUGUGGAUCGCGUUUCAGCUGUUGAAGGCUCUUGAACAAUGUCAUCGAGCUGACAUUUGCCAUGGCGACAUCAAAUGCGAGAACGUGCUGAUUACCAGUUCAACGUGGACUUUGCUGACCGAUUUUGCCAACUUCAAACCCUCUCACUUGCCUUACAAUAACCCAACAAAUUUCACUUAUUUCUUCGACACCAGCCGACGCAGGAUAUGCUACAUCGCCCCUGAGCGUUUCGUGGAUACCAGUGAUGCCGCCACAUCCGGAAACUUGUUCCCAGAUGAUCUGAUUCAAAAUGCGAAGUUUCCUCUGCUUCAUUCCGGGGAUAUAUUUUCUACCGGAUGUGUUCUUUUGGAGCUAUUUUCCGACGGCACCCCGCCGUUUGAUUUCAGUCAAUUAUUGGCAUACCGCGAGCGCCGAUAUUAUCCUGACAAGGUGAUAAACACCAUUAAAUGUGCAGCCCUUCGAGAAUUGGUUCAGAGCAUGAUUCAGCUGGAGGUCAGCCAACGACUGACCGCCGAGCAGUACUUAGACAAAUACAGGCUCUCCGUAUUCCCGGAAAUAUUUUAUUCUUUUUUGUGGCCUUAUCUAAAGAGCUUCGUUGAAAUUCCCAUCCUUUCAGACGACGACAAAGCAAAGAAGUGA